UCUUCCUCCAGCGGCACAAUGUGAUUCACCGGCAAGGAGGGACAACAAUGGAAGGGCCUGUCACUGAACAUGGAUUUCACUCUUUUCAGCUAACUGGUCAGCAAGAAUCCAAGAUUCUUUUGUCUCCACUCCUGUCCCUGGCACUGAGGUUACAGGUGGCGCCCAACAAACUUUACGACCCUGAAGAGCCAAGGGGCACCCAGGAGAAUCCAGUGAGUUCCGUUGCACGCAGCGCAUCCCCUCCCCCGCCCUUUCCUCCCCCGGGCCCUGGUGCAGUGCUUGCGCCGCUGGGACUUCUGACUCCCGCUGCAGUUUUUCCACACUGCCGGCAUGAGUUCCCACCACCCACCCACCCACCUGUUUCUGGGGAAAUAGAGGCUUUGCUCCGAGGCAGCAGUGAAGCCCCACCCCCAGGCUGCUUCCCAGAGCCUCACUCAGAUGCCAGCACCAUCACCUGCACUGCUUUUUUCAAUCCUUUCUCACACACUUGA